GCGCAUUUCUUUUCGUUUUAGAAAAAAUCAAAAAUAUUGUUGGUGGUAGUUUUUUGUGUGUUUGUUUAUUAUUUAAUAACACCAUUAGCAGAUCAAUUCAGAGAAAAAACGAUAUUACACGUUCAUCAAAGAUAUGUUCAUGACAAAGCAAAUCGCAAUAAAGAACGGCCGGAACUUUAUACGAAGCAAGAAUACAAGAAGAAAAAUAAGAUCUUGACUGAUUUGUUGUUGAAUAUCGAGAGAGAGGGAAUAUUCCCCGAGGACGACCCGUGCCCAUAUUUGGGAGUGCGUAAGCCAAUCAAAGAGAGCAGAUAUCCCAACGACUAUUUUGGAAUUUCAUGUCAACCGCACAGGCCUGAUGUAAAGGAUUGUGAAACGGCUCACGAGAUCUACGGUUCUGCAAGUGAUCUUCCACCCCAGCAAUGCACAGAAUUCAAGUACAAAGAUUUGUGUACGUUUCGAGCCAAUGGGAGUACAGAAAAUUAUAACUUGGAAUGUGAUUGGUCGAUUUGUUUCCCACGCAAACCAUACAUCGGGGAGAUGGACGCAACCUACGGUAGGGCCACGAGCUGGGUGUACGCCCCCACAGACAAAACGAUCGAAGAAAUUAUUCAACGUAGUAUGAAAAAUGGCUUCAAUUUCGUAUUCCUUCAAUGCGGCAGUUUGAGGCAGGUUCUCCCUCUUCCAAGAACAAUAAAAUUAUCCAGUAAGAAGAGUAAGAAGAGUAAAAAGAAAAGUAAAAAGAUUAACGUGAACAUAAUACUAAUAGAUUCAAUCUCUCGACCACACUUUUAUCGGUCAAUGCCACGGACUAUAGAAGCACUACGUCAUGUAGUAUACAACGAAAGUAUUCCAGCUACAGUGCUUGAUUUUGAGCUCCUGCAGAGCGUUAGUCAACACACAAUGGAUAAUUGUAGACCUCUCUACUCUGGAGUGACCGCAGGUGUAUAUAAAGAGUUCAGUAGCAAAUGGAGAAAAUCGAUUAAACCGCUGGGAAUAUCUGUUUUAUUUGGUGAAUAUCAGAAAAAUGGUUAUCAAACAAUGUUCCAGGAGGAAGGGUGUUGGUAUGACUUGUGGGGGUUGAUGCUGACCGACGUGGAGAGGCACCCCACACUCACAGAUAGGGAAGGCUUUGCGAAGAGGUGGAAACAAUUGCAAGAAAGAUGGAAACAUUAUCACAUUGAUGAUUUUGGACUGACACAUUUCACUUGUGAAGUUGUAAAGAAGUAUGGUCAAACCAAUGAUAUGGAUCGUCCAAAGCACGUUUGUUUCAAUGGUGACUAUAUUAGCACAUACUAUCUGAAAUAUCAUCUCGACUACCUGAGAUCAAUCCGGGAGCACAAAGACUCGCUCCCACUCCUCCAUUACCUUCAUCUGGUCACCGGUCACACCUCCUAUGGCACACGCAUUCGUAACGACGACGUCGGCCUGGCUACUUACGUCACUCAGCUAGCACGUGACCCAAACACGCUGACCAUAAUCUUAUCAGACCACGGUCACACGCGAACAAAAUAUUCCCAAACGGUAGAAGGCCGGUUUGAGCUCUCAAAUCCAUUAAUGUUCGUCUUAUUCUCGGAAAAUGUCGCCGGCAUACUCGGGAAAAAUAAGGUGCGCUCAUUGGUGGAAAACCAACAACGACUCUUCACGACUCUCGAUAUACAUCGUAUGUUGAUGGCAUUAAACAAUCCAGUCAAAAUGCAGUCAGAUGAUUACCGGGUCAAUGGUAUCCUAUCAGUGUUGCCUAGCAAUCGUACAUGUGAGAACCUGCCUCUCACCCCCCUGACGAGAUGUAAAUGUGAAGGAUGGGAUCAUAAAGUUGGAGAUAAUUCGCAGCGCCAUAUUUGGCUAGCCGAGUUUGCUCUAGGACAACUGAAUAACGUGAUGCAGGAACAGUUUAUGAAAGGGCACAAAAAUAGUGGUUAUGGCUCGUGUAUACGGCUACGGGGCCUGGAAACCAAGAACAACAUCGAGAAACAAACUGAAAAGAGACUGAGUGUCACUAUGGAUCUAAUUGUAGAAUCUGCAGUACAAAAUAGAGUCGAAGUAUUUCAAGUUUUGAUUGAGACGCCGUUGCUACCAGAUGAGAACAUUGCCAGUGCAAAACUGAUCAAAUACGACAGGCAGAGUCUGUACAGCCGUUACCUACACUGCGUUGACGAUGGUGUUGAUGUUAGCCUUUGCGCAUGCGCGAAGAAAACUGAUAACAAAGAUACGAUCGCUUCCGACGCUCUCCGAAGCCUAGCUACUCGCAGCGCGUUCGGAGCGGAAACUGAAGUGACAUUGGUUGAUAAAGAGGGAUGUCUGUUGAUGUUAAGUAGAAAGCAUAACUUCAGUAUUUCGUAUGAAGUGGCAAAUCUCUGUGAUAAAACAUAUCACUUUAAAUUUCAUGGGAAGGCAUUUAAUAUGUUAUUAACGGCGAAACUGCCUGUUAUUAUUGUUGUUAAACCUAGGACGAUAUAUUUUUUAAUAUCUGCCACAAGAUAUGUAGUUAAUGAUAGUUACUUUGAUGUUAGAACUAACCACAAACUAAUGAAUUAGAAAGUCCCUUUGUAUUUCAAUUGGGGUUAAU